UGGCAGCAGGACUCCUGUGUCUGGGUUCAGGAAUCCUCUGGCAGCAGGGGCUCUGGCUGCUCAGCCCCCAUCUCUGUCCCCAUCCCUCCCCCAGCGGGCCACCCAGUGAGGUCCAUGGACUGGGGAGGGCCAUGCCUGCCAGCUCCUGCGCUUGUCCAUGAGGGCCCGGAGCCCUGACCCUCCUGCCUAGCUUUCUGCCUUUUCUCUGUCGCUGGCCACCUGGGGGAGGGGGUGGAGGCCAGGGGAGCAACAUGGCCCAGAGCAAGAGGCACAUGUACAGCCGGACUCCCAGUGGCAGCAGAAUGAGCGCGGAGGCAAGCGCCCGGCCCCUGCGAGUGGGCUCCCGUGUGGAGGUGAUUGGAAAAGGCCACCGGGGCACCGUGGCCUAUGUUGGAGCCACACUCUUUGCCACUGGCAAAUGGGUAGGCGUGAUCCUGGAUGAAGCAAAGGGCAAGAAUGAUGGAACUGUCCAAGGCAGAAAGUACUUCACUUGUGAUGAAGGACAUGGCAUCUUUGUGCGCCAGUCCCAGAUCCAGGUGUUUGAAGAUGGAGCAGACACUACUUCCCCAGAGACACCCGAUUCUUCUGCCUCGAAGGUCCUCAGGAGAGAGGGAGCUGACUCAAACGCAAAGACCAGCAAACCACGGGGACUGAAGGCUAAGAAGGAAGCCAAGGAGGCGCUGGAGGCCAAGGAACGCUACAUGGAGGAGAUGGCCGACACUGCGGACGCCAUCGAGAUGGCCACUCUGGACAAGGAGAUGGCCGAAGAGCGGGCCGAGUCCCUGCAGCAGGAGGUGGAGGCGCUGAAGGAGCGUGUGGACGAGCUCACCACCGACUUGGAGAUCCUCAAGGCCGAGAUUGAAGAGAAGGGCUCAGACGGGGCUGCGUCCAGCUAUCAGCUCAAGCAGCUCGAGGAGCAGAAUGCGCGCCUGAAGGACGCCCUGGUGAGGAUGCGGGAUCUUUCUUCCUCAGAGAAGCAGGAGCAUGUGAAACUCCAGAAGCUCAUGGAGAAGAAGAACCAAGAGCUGGAAGCUGUGAGGCAGCAGCGGGAGCGGCUGCAGGAGGAGCUGACCCAGGCGGAGAGCACCAUCGACGAGCUCAAGGAGCAGGUGGACGCCGCUCUGGGUGCUGAGGAGAUGGUGGAGAUGCUGACGGACCGGAACCUGAAUCUGGAGGAGAAAGUGCGGGAACUGAGGGAGACCGUGGGCGACUUGGAAGCGAUGAACGAGAUGAACGAUGAGCUGCAGGAGAACGCGCGCGAGACGGAGCUGGAGCUGCGGGAGCAGCUGGACAUGGCGGGCGCGCGGGUCCGGGAGGCCCAGAAGCGGGUGGAGGCGGCCCAGGAGACGGUGGCAGACUAUCAGCAAACCAUCAAGAAGUACCGCCAGCUGACCGCCCACCUGCAGGACGUGAACCGCGAGCUGACGAGCCAGCAGGAGGCAUCUGCGGAGAGGCAGCAGCAGCCGCCGCCGGAGACUUUUGACUUCAAGAUCAAGUUUGCUGAGACGAAGGCCCACGCCAAGGCAAUUGAGAUGGAAUUGAGGCAGAUGGAGGUGGCCCAGGCCAACCGGCACACGUCCCUGCUGACAGCCUUCAUGCCCGACAGCUUCCUUCGGCCAGGCGGGGACCACGACUGCGUCCUGGUGCUGCUGCUCAUUCCUCGUCUCGUUUGCAAGGCAGAGCUGAUCCGGAAGCAGGCUCAGGAGAAGUUUGAACUAAGUGAGAACUGUUCAGAGCGGCCAGGGCUUCGAGGGGCCGCGGGGGAGCAGCUCAGCUUUGCUGCGGGGCUGGUGUACUCGCUGAGUUUGCUGCAGGCCACCCUGCACCGUUACGAGCAUGCCCUCUCUCAGUGCCACGUGGACAUGUAUAAGAAGGUGGGCAGCCUCUACCCCGAGAUGAGUGCCCACGAGCGCUCCUUGGAUUUCCUCAUCGAGCUGCUGCACAAGGAUCAGCUGGAUGAGACUGUCAACGUGGAGCCUCUCACCAAAGCCAUCAAGUACUACCAGCAUCUGUACAGCAUCCACCUCGCCGAUCAGCCUGAGGACAGCACCAUGCAGCUGGCCGACCACAUCAAGUUCACGCAGAGCGCCCUGGACUGCAUGAGCGUGGAGGCGGGCCGGCUGCGCGCCUUCUUGCAGGGUGGGCAGGAGGCUUCAGGUAUUGCCCUCCUGCUCCGGGACCUGGAAACAUCGUGCAGCGACAUCCGCCAGUUCUGCAAGAAGAUCCGAAGGCGAAUGCCAGGGACGGAUGCUCCCGGGAUCCCAGCUGCACUAGCCUUCGGCCCACAGGUGUCUGACACCCUCCUGGACUGCAGGAAGCACUUGACGUGGGUGGUGGCUGUGCUGCAGGAGGUGGCAGCUGCUGCCGCCCAGCUCGUCGCCCCGCUGGCGGAGAAUGAGGGACUGCCUGUGGCUGCCCUGGAGGAGCUGGCUUUCAAAGCAAACGAGCAGAUCUACGGGGCCCCCUCCAGCAGCCCCCAUGAGUGUCUGCGCCAGUCGUGCAGCAUCCUCAUCAGCACCAUGAACAAGGUGGCCACAGCCAUGCAGGAGGGAGAGUACGACGCAGACCGGCCCCCUAGCAAGCCUCCCCCUGUUGAGCUGCGGGCGGCAGCCCUUCGUGCGGAGAUCACAGACGCUGAAGGCCUGGGCUUGAAGCUUGAAGAUCGAGAGACAGUUAUCAAGGAGCUGAAGAAGUCACUCAAGAUCAAGGGGGAGGAGCUCAGUGAGGCCAACGUGCGGCUGAGCCUCUUGGAGAAGAAGCUGGACAGCGCGGCCAAGGAUGCAGACGAGCGCAUCGAGAAGGUCCAGACCCGGCUGGAGGAGACCCAGGCGCUGCUGCGGAAGAAGGAGAAAGAGUUUGAGGAGACGAUGGACGCCCUUCAGGCUGACAUCGACCAGCUGGAGGCAGAGAAAGCAGAGUUAAAGCAGCGGCUGAACAGCCAGUCCAAGCGCACGAUCGAGGGGCUCCGGGGGCCCCCUCCCUCGGGUAUUGCCACCCUGGUCUCUGACAUUGCUGGGGAAGAGCAGCAGCGAGGCGGUGCCCCCGGACAGGCUCCAGCAUCUGCGCCAGGCCCAGGGCUGGUGAAGGACUCGCCGCUGCUGCUUCAGCAGAUCUCUGCCAUGAGACUGCACAUCUCCCAGCUGCAGCGCGAGAACAGCGUCCUCAAGGGAGCCCAGAUGAAGGCGUCCUUAGCAGCCCUGCCCCCUCUGCAUGCGGCGAAGCUCUCCCUCCCACCCCACGAGGGCCCUGGCAGUGAGCUAGCCUCUGGAGCGCUGUACCGCAAGACCACCCAGCUGCUGGAGACGUUGAAUCAGCUGAGCACGCACACCCGUGUGGUGGACAUCACCCGCGCCAGCCCUGCUGCCAAAAGCCCAUCGGCCCAGCUCCUGGAGCAGGUGGCUCAGCUCAAGGCCCUAAGUGACACCGUCGAGAAGCUCAAGGAUGAGGUCCUUAAGGAGACCGUAUCUCAGCGCCCCGGAGCCACGGUCCCCACUGACUUUGCCACCUUCCCCUCAUCAGCCUUCCUCAGGGCCAAGGAGGAGCAGCAGGACGACACUGUGUACGUGGGCAAAGUGACCUUCUCGUGCGCGGCUGGCCUUGGGCAGCGGCACCGGCUGGUGCUCACCCAGGAGCAGCUACACCACACCGAGGAAAUCACACAGCGCGCUGUUCUCUUCCGGGAGUGCGUGGUGGUCCUGUUCCUUCUGCCCACGCUGCUGACCUGCCUUCCCCUCGGUGGGUGA